UCCUUCUGCAUACCAUGGCAUUGGACCCUCAAAGCCAGGUCUUUGUCAUGCCUGACUCGUACUUUGAGGCCGACAUAGAGAGUACAACGAUCCGGCUGCCGACGACAACUCAGCGGCCAACACGCUUCCACUCGCGGGCGCCGCCAAACAUCUCCGUGAACGACUAUCUGCUGCGGGUGGCCAGGUACGCGUCGAUGGAGCCGGCGUGCAUGCUGAUAAUCCUGAUAUACGUGGACCGGAUAUGCGAGCGCAACCCGACAUUCACGAUCUCGUCGCUGACCGUGCACCGGUUUAUCAUUGCCGCGGGGACGGUGGCAAUCAAGACCCUGUGCGAUGCAUAUUGCACGAAUCUGCACUACGCGAAGGUGGGCGGCAUCUCGCUGCACGAGCUGAAUGCCUUGGAGGUCGAGCUGCUGGACAUGAUGGGGUGGCAUCUGGUGGCCACGCAAGAGCAGCUCGACCCAAAGUCGGUGCUACAGACCGAUUUGGUUGCGGCGCAGAAAUUGGGCAUGCAGCAGCAGUCGGUCCAGCAACUGUAA